AUGAGUAGUGAGUUUACAACAACAUCUGUGGAAAACAAACCACAAAAGAUGACAGUUGAUGAAUAUUCUAAAUUGAUAGCCAAAUGGCAAGAAGCAUAUUAUGCAUGGAAUACUAGUUAUGUGACUUAUUAUAAUAUGAUGAUGUUAAAUUCAUUAGUUCAACAAGUACCACUUUUGACAGGUGUUAAUCUUUUGACAACGACGACUGAAACAAUUCAUUCAGUACCACCACCGACACCUGUUGAUCCAUUAGCAGAUAUUCGAAAUGCACGUUUAAAAGUUGCAUCAAUUUGGCGUCGUUUUCUAGCUGAAGCUAUUGAUUGUAUUCUUUUACAUGCAUUUAAAAUUCUUAUUAUAUUUAUUCUUGCAAAUUAUUUUCAUUUAUUUGAUGCAAGUCGACUUACACUUAAUUAUAUGAUUUCAAGUUUAAUUUAUGAUGAAACUUUAUCAUUUCCACUUGAACUUAUUUGUGUUGAACUUGCAUAUCUCAUAGGAAGUAUUGCAUUUGAGAGUUUUUGUCUUACACGUUAUGGUGCAACACCCGGUAAACGUUUAUUUCAUUUACGUGUUCUUAAAUGUGAUCAUCUUCAAAUACAAGAAAAUGGUGAUGUUACAAUUGAACCUGGUACAAUACUUGAUAGUGCAGCAGCAUUAACUCGUUCAUCAUUUAAAACUCUUAUGGCAACAUUUUUAUUUCCUGCUGUUAUUGUUGCUUUAUUAACAUCACAAAAUCGUCAAACAAGUUAUGAUAUGGCUGCUAAUACUGUUGUUGUUGAAUUUCAACGUCGAGAGCAAUGGGACAAUACUAAUAAUUUCAAUAAGAUGACAAAUAAUAAUGGUAGAGUUGAUAUUCAAUUAUCAACUGUAGACGAACAUUAUAAUGAAAGUGAUGAUAGUGAAUUGGAUGAACCACAACAACCAAUUCCAAAUGUUGAAGAACAAAUUGAUACAAGUCAACUUCAAUGGCUUCCAUGGAUGUGGUAUUAUACCAAACGUUCAGCAAAAAAAGGUUAUGAAAUAUGUGAUGUGGCAGGAGAAAAAUUAGCUUGGUUUUUUGGUAUAACAAAACCAAAAUAUUAUGCUGAAUUUCAAGAAUAUGAACGUAUGGAUGAAGAGGAACGAGAAGCAUGGCGACAAGCAUUUCAAGAUGUUGAACAAACUAGUCAUGUACUUGAUUCAAUCGUCACUACUCCACCUCAAACAUCAAAUCUAUUCAUUAUUUCCCAUGAAGAUAAUACAAAAUAA